AUGCGAAUUUUAACGGCUAUUUUGGUAAUUGGUGCUUUGGCACAAGUGUUAUGCGAAGAUUCUAACACAUACAAGGCGGCUGUGGUCGAAUACUUUCCGAAGAAAAUUGAUGGAAAUUUAAAUGAGGUUGUCGAAGGACGAACCAAUGAAUACAUUGAAAUUUUAUCCAAAAUUGGCGAGAAACUGGACAUUAUUGUUUAUCCGGAAUCUACGUUGCUAACCGGUGUGGUAGUAUCGCAAUCAAAAUUAAUCGAGGAGGCUGCUAUAGUUGAAGUCGAAGAUGUACCCUGCGCCAAUGAGAAAAACCAUCAGAAAUAUUUUGUUAAUUUAUCGUGUGCAGCUAAAAAUCACAAGACUUAUCUCUCGGUAAACUUAUUAGAAAAGGUUAAGUGCGAGGGAGAAAAGUGUCCGCAUGGAUGGUGGAUGUAUAACACAAACGUGGUUUUCGAUCGAACAGGCAAAAUUGUUGCAAGCUACAGGAAAUUGAAUUUAUUUGGAGAAAAUGUGGAGGUUCCCAAACCGAUGAGAACUACAUUUACAACAGACUUUGGUGUAACUUUCGGAAUGUUCAUAUGCUUUGAUAUUAUGUUCAAAGAACCAGCUUUGGAAGUGGUUAAUCAGGGUGUGAAGCACUUUUUAUAUCCGACGAUGUGGUUUUCCGAAUUACCAUUCCUCUCAGCUGUUCAAACGCAAUACAUGUGGUCGUACGAGAAUGAUGUAGUUCUGUUGGCGAGCGGUGCUAAUAAUCCGAAGAAGGGUAGCGGCGGAUCUGGGAUUUACCAAGGAAGGAAGGGUCCUUUGACUACCUAUAUGAGCGACAAAGAAGGUACCAAAGUGCUGAUUGCGGACGUGGAGAAAGUUUGGAAGUACUCCGAAGAUAAUGAAAUUGUUGAAACGAGCAAAGAAGUAGAAGAUGUGGACGGUUUAUUACUUAUUUACGACAAAUUAGAAUAUUAUAACACGUACAAUUUGGAUGUCCAGCAGCGCGAAUACAGAUUCAAAAUCAGCGAGGAUUUCGAAUGUAAUUUUAAAGUGGAAGCGAGGAAUACCGAAGUAGAGGUCAGCAAAAAGUCAUAUCACUAUAAACUGGUUGCAUAUUCAGGAGAGAGAAGUUUCAGCGGCGUAGCGACUGGAAACGUUCAGGCUUGCUCGAUCUUAACGUGCACCGAUGAAAGUUUAAAGAAUUGCGGUCAUAGGAUUUUGAAAAACGAAGACACGUACCCGAUCAAAUUCGAUAGAAUCGAGAUUGAGAUGAAGGUCAAGGAGAACGAAAACUCGAAACAGUUUCCGAACGCGAUUUAUUCGAAUUUGAAACCGCUGGGCAGUAGAAAUGUCGAUUGGAAGGAAAACGGAAGAAGCAAAGUUAUUUCCCUGAAGACACCAGGAGAACCGUUCAUCACUUUCGGUAUUUUCGGAAGAGUGUUUUAAAUUUAAAUUACAUAAACUAUAUUAUAUUAUAUCAACCUUCUCUAAUUUAUUGAAUAUACGGCAAUACUUCGUACAGUCCGCGUUAUAUGACACCGGACGAAUCGAAUAACAAAGUUCCUUAAAAAUAAACCACAGAAAAAGAGACUUCACUGUAUGAAUGAUGAAAAAAAAACAUUAUUUAUGUAUAAAAUAUUGUGUGAAGUAUUUUAUUUUAGAAUGUAUUUCUAUUUUGUUAUAGUAAACUAAGGGAAGUAUUGAUGUUCAAUAAUAAAUAAAAAAUAAUAAAAGAACAAUG